AUGACGACUGUUGAUAUGGUGGAGAGCGCGAAUGGCUCCGUCGACCAACCCGGCGGCUCCCCUCUGCCGCUAGCACCCCCGGAGUCAAACCUGGAGAUAGAGGGCGAGGUAGAGGCGGAGGCGGAAGCGGAGGCAGCGCCGGAGGCGGAGGUGGAGGCGGAAGCGGAGGCAGCGCCGGAGGUGGAGGCGGAGGCGGAGAAGAGUACUGAAGCUGAAGAAAGGAGGAUUUCGCUGAGGCCGGAUGCCGUCGGACGAACCAUAUUCGUGUCCGAUGUCGGACGAGAUGUUACUGAAGAGCACAUUGCUGGAUUGUUCAGUAUGUGUGGAAGGGUAAUCGAUUGUCGCAUCUGUGGGGAUCCCCAUUCUGCACUUCGAUUUGCACUGGUGGAGUUCGAUAACGAGUAUGGUGCAAAUGUAGCUCUCAAUUUCGACGGGACGAUUCUUGGAUUUCAUCCACUCGCGAUCUCGCACUCCAAGACUGCUAUCACGCCUGUCAAUCCUUCGUUGCUGCCUCAGUCUGCUCCUGAAAGGGCAAGGUGUCUGAGGACGGUGUAUGUCAAUAAUAUCGAUAGCCAGGUUACACCGGCAGAAAUAACGGAUUUAUUCGUGACAUACUGUGGCGAGGUCUCUCGUAUGAAGCUUCUGAAGGAUCAUGCCAAUUCAUCCAACAUGGCGUUCGUUGAAUUCGUUAGAGUGGAGAGUGCCGGCAAAGCUCUUUCUUGCAGCGGAAUGGUACUCGGAGAUUCUCCCAUCAGGGUCAGUCCUUCGAAGACUCCGAUGUGGCGGUAGCGGACCCGUGGACCUGCUCGCGCUUGUUCAUUUAUUCUACCAUUAUUAUUAGUACCCCAUCUCGUGUAAUUUGUACCUGACCUAUAGUUUCUUCCUGA